AAUCUUUAAUGAUCAUUUCCUCUCGCAUGUCGCUUCAUAAGUUAGCACAAUCAAUCAUAAAGGUGAAGUAUAUCACAAUUAAAAUGGUUGGGCAAAACAUGAUUCACAAAGAUCUAGGUAAAACAGUGAGAUUUUUUUGCGAUAACACAUCAAUCCCUGGAUUCUCCUGGCUGGCUAUGAAAAAAUUAUCUUGUCUAGAAAGAAUGUUCUGGAUCAUCAUCAAUACAACGAUUUUGAUAACGACCAUCGUUUUAUUACAUUAUCUAUGGGAAGAUUUUAUGGAAACUCCAACUAUUGUAACAUUAGAUUCAAGAAAUUUGCCAGUCCAUCGAAUCAAGUUUCCAGCUGUUGCUAUUUGUAGUGUGAACAAGAUCAGCCGAAAAAGAGCAACUGAAUUUGCAACAUAUUUGAACCAAUUCACUACAAAGAAAAGAGUUUCGGAAGUUCUUAGUGAUAUCGAAUUACUAGGAAAUCUAUAUGAUUUCAACUUAAAAAACGCCGAAAGGCUAGCUUUAGUUCAAGAUUUCUUCGACGACUUCGAUAACUAUACCAGCAUUGAUGGUCCUAUGAGAAGAAUGGUUCAGCUAGCGCCAAAAUGUGAUGAAAUAUUGAAAGAAUGUAGAUGGGACGGAAGUAUAUACGAUUGUGAAGAUUUAUUCAACUUCAGGAUAACUUACGACGGUUUUUGUUGUGUCUUCAAUUACAUGAGGAAAGUAUCCAAAAGACUAAGACGUGCUACUCAAAUGAAUAAAACAGCACCAAAGGAACCCAUGCGACCAAAUGGGGCUGGUGUACAGAGGGGCCUUCGACUAACUCUCAAUAACAACGUCAACGACUACUUCUUCAGUACUUUCCCAGCCAUCGGGUUCACAGUGCAGAUAUUCUAUCCCAACGAUUUUCCAGACAAAAUGAGUGGUUCGCUGUCGGAAGCAUUCAUCAAUGCCGGGACUGAAGCUCUGAUAAGUAUGGAGUUCAGUAUGACAAAAACUUCGGAAGCCGUGAAAAUACUCCCUAUAGAAUUGAGACGGUGCAAAUUUCAAUCGGAGCGCAAAACUAUAUUUGGUCCCUACAGAUAUAGCGAUUGUUUGGUAGAAUGCAAAAUAAGAAGUAUGCAGUCUUUGUGUAACUGUGUACCUUUCACUGUACCUGUUCUAGAAGAAGACGAUGGCACUGACAGGUUACCGCUUUGUACAUUAAUUGAUAUACCUUGUCUCCACAAGUACAAAGCAAAAUGGUCACGAUAUUAUCCAAAUGAUCCGAACGGUGUUGAGAGUGAUAUUCUACGUCAAGAAAAGCAUGAUUCUAUAAAUUGUCCAGAAUGCCUACCAGAUUGUAAUAGUAUUGCUUAUCAACCAUCAGUCAUUUCGACUUCACUUCAUAAUGAAAGCAAUACAACUCACGUGAAUAUCUUUUUCAAUUCUGCAUUUGGAAAUGCUUAUAAAAUAGACGUUACACAGACCUGGUUUGAAGUUAUCAGUAAUUUUGGAGGCUUUCUAUCAUUGUUAAUGGGGGUGAGUGUCAUCAGUCUCAUAGAAGUAUUCAUUCUUCUUUUCAGAUUAGGAAAAUACUGUAGCAACAAAAUCACAUCAACUUCUUGAAUUGAUGGGAGAAUUAAAUGGUAAUCUACUUAAACAAAAUGUGUUGUUCUUUCUUUCAUUUAUUAUAAAUAAAACAGAAAACAUACAUAUUUCUCAGUAAAUUUGCUAUAGAAUUAAGGUAAAAAAUAAAAAUACAAUUCACAACUCUUCUGACAAGAACAGUUAUUGAUCUUUUUGUUGUGCAAAAUGAAAAAAAAAAUAUAUCACAAGUUCAAAAAAUAAAUCUUAAGACGCAAAAGUUCAUAUGAAGAUAUGAAUUUGGCAAAAAAUAAGUUCCAACAAUCCUUCCCAUGCAAAGACCAGAAAUUGGAUAAUUUCUGGUCAAAUACCUUUAUACCAAAGAAGGGAAGAGUUGUAUUUCGUGCAAGAUAAUUAUUAUAUUAAUUAUCUUGCACGAAAUACAACUCUUCCCUUCUUUGGUAUAUAUACACGUGCACACAGCCCAGCAACCCACACAAUUACCUUUAUAUUCAUUAGGAUUUGCCAGCAUGAGUUUCACUUCCGCAAAACAACUGAUUGACAAUAGGCAAGAACACAAAUGCGUGGAUUCUGUUUGAAUGUACAGAAAGAGAGUUCCUUGAAAAUAAAAAUUGAACAAACAAUACAUAGAAAAGUUAAGGUGGGGUUCAAAAUUUACGUCCAGACCCUGUGCAACGCAACUAGAAAAGCAAUAAUAGUAGUAUCCUUGUAGUAUACAGGAAAUUUGAAAAAAAGUUUCCCGUUAUUGUGAUAGGUAUCCUGUAUAUACCUAUAUGUUUCGAAAUUCGACCGACAACGCUUGACAGAUCAUAGCCCUCCUGAUUGCAUAAUUACUGAGAUAGGGACAUACGGCCUUCAAGUGUUCUGUACUCGAGAUACAGGGUGUGGAAGUUGAGAAAUAAAAAUAGGGUUUUCCCAAUAACUCUAGAAUGUUGAAAAGGGAUUUCUUUCCACGUCCUGAUUGAUGAAUAUCCAUUUGUCCUACAUCCAAAAAUUCUAGAAUGAUUGAAUAUUUUUUGCAUGCAAAUUCGGUGCAUCGUUUCAUUUUUGGCCCAAAAUAGAAGAUUGCAUAGUAAUUUUCAGUAGUAGA